AACCAAGAUGGCCUACGGAGCUGUGGGGUGUUUGUGAAGGGAUUAAGAUUUGUUGAAUUUUGGGAUGUUAUUUACCUUUGAUCGAAAGUCUAUGACAUAUCUGAAGGAAAACAAACAUAGGAAUUUAUCCUAUUUAAAUGAUUUGGAAGUCUAUUGAUCAAACGACGUGUUGAUAUUUGGCGUUUCGGUGCAGAAGAUGUGAAAGAAAGAAAAACAACAAUCUCUGCAGCCCGAAGGCAGUGUCUUGAAAUGUUCGGGGAGCUUCGCCUACGAGAUAAGCUUCGCAUCUUUUGAUUUACCUACGUAAUGUUUAGCUUUUUUCUAAAGAUAUUAGAUUCGUGAUGGGAAAACAAAUUCCAAAUCAUGAUAGGUAAUUAAACUUGAAGAAAAUUUGUUUAUUAUUUUGUGCGACACACGUGCAAGGGAUUCUAUCGGAAAAUAGUUAUAUGGUUCUGUUUUACAUAUUGGAUAUUCAGGCAAUGAUUUAAAAGGUGGGAUUCUACAUGUGGAGUGAAGAAUGUGGCAUGGUGCUAAGCGAUCAAUGUGGAUUAAUCGUCUUGCCCGGGUUCUUCUCCUCUGCCUGCUGACUUCUGCUCUCCUCAUCGAUGCCUGUCCCCCGGGAUGCACGUGCAUCACCAGAAAAAAGGAUGGCUCCAAGGGGAGUGGCAAGAUUGGUGGCACCACCGAGGCAAGGAGUAUGUCCAAGACUAGUAGCCCCCAGGUGGCAUCCAAUGGGAGGAAGGUGGUCUGUGCUGGGAGUCUGUCGGUCAUUGCAUCAGUAGCCAUGAUCUCCGUCUAUCUCCCUUUAGACACCACCAUUCUGGACCUGAGCCGCAAUGUGAUAACUGUCCUGGAAGGAGGAGACUUUUUUCGCAUUUCAUCCCUACAGAAGCUGGACCUAAGCCACAACAAAAUCACCAUCAUCAAGAAAGGUGCAUUCUUUGGGCUAAAAGAACUGGUCAAACUAGACCUGUCUAACAACAAGAUUGGAAGCAUCACCAGUUCCAUGUUUGAAGGUCUCACCAAGUUAGAGAAACUGAAUUUCUCCAACAAUAGGAUCAACACCAUUCCAGAUGGGACGUUCAACAAUCUGCAUGCUCUCAAGAAAAUAGACUUUCAGUCGGAGUACUUGAGAUGUGACUGCCAUCUUCAGUGGAUCGUCAAAUGGUCGCGCGACAAAAACGUCAAAAUUCAACAGUCCACAACCUGCGGGGUCCCCAAGGACCUGAAAGGCGUGCCCCUCAGGGGCCUCAAAAAGAAGGACCUCCACUGUGAUCGCCCCCUAGAAUUACCAGAGUUUGAGAUUCUCCCGAACAAGAGUCAGGUGGUGUUUGAGGGGGACAAAAUCCCCUUGAUCUGCCGCGCCUCAAUCAUCAAUAGGGAGACCCGCAUGGUGUGGUUACGUCGUGGCGAGGUCGUAUCGACCAAUCGCAGUGUGGGGAUCUUCGUCAUCACGGAGGAGACCCCAGACAAGUCAACCAUGAUUCACACCCUGAUGCUGAAGCAUCUGACCGAGGAAGACUCAGGGGUGUGGCAGUGUAUGGUGACCACCCCCCAAGGUAACGUCUCCACAGAUAUAACCAUCGUGGUCAUCUCGAACACUGCUGCCACAUGCCCCUCCAAAACCUCCAAAACCAAGAAAGGGGUGUACAAAUGGCCGCGGACAGUGGCAGGGGUGGUCAGCGAACAGCCCUGUAAGAGGGGGCGGGGCUCAGCCACCCACCGGUGCAGUGAGAGCAGCAUGUGGGAAGGGCUGAAUGUGGAUAGGUGUGAAUACCUGGAGGAUCUUACCAGGAAACUUGAAGCCUUCGCACUCCUGAAAAAUAAGCGGAUGAACCAGUCCGAGUUCAGGGAGGUUUCCACAGAACUGAUGACCGUCAUGUCUCAGCCGGAAAACAUGGAGGAUUUGACCCACUUCACCCUGUCGGCACAGAUUGUGGAGAAUCUAGCGAAAAACAUCCAGGACAAGAGAGAGGUUUCUACAGUGCUACAUUUAGUCAGUAGUCUGAUGAAUGAGAACAAUGCAAAGUUAGAAGAGGCACAGCUCCAAGACAAGACCUGUUCUAGGUUACUUAAUGUAGUGGAAGAACUUCCAAAACACAUGGAUGCACCCAUGUCAGAGUUCACUGAAAACGUUGUCAUAGAAACGAUGCAACAACCCCUCGAAGAUUUCCCUGGUGUGACUUGUAUGGCAUAUUCCCAGAUUUUCAGUUGUCAGGACCGAUACAUCAACCAGUCCAUAGCUAAAGAGAAUCUAGUAGGGACAGUCCGUCUGCCUGCAUCCCUGUACAACACCUCAGAAGAACUCUCCCAGAAUUCCUCUAGUGACAGCAGAGCCAAUCUACAGUUGAUCCUGUACAGGGAUGCUAAGCUGUUUCCUUCACUGACCACCAUCCAUGAUGACCCCCAGAUCGGAACCAAAACAGUCUCUGUGGUGUCUGCCAUCUUGUCUGUGGGUGUCUCUCCUGUAGUUGUCAACCUAACAAGCCCGAUAACCUUGACCUUCAAGGUCAAGGCCGUUUCUGAGAAUUUGUUGGCAGCAUACUGGGAUCCCCUUGCUAAUGGGGGUCUAGGAGACUGGAGGACUGAUGGCUGCCACAUCACUGGUGUCUUCAGAAACUUCACCACUGUUCACUGCUCCCAUCUCUCCAUAUUUGCCAUCAUUGAGACUUCUAUGGGUGCCGAGGCUCUUCCUCUGAAGAUGUUCCAGCUGAUGCACAUCGCAGUUUACGUUGGAAGCUGCAUCUGUCUCCUGUGUCUGAUGGCUGUCAUCAUCACUUAUGUUUCGUGUUUCAGGUUCAUCAACGUACCCAAGAAGAUGAAGCACUCGGUGAUCAAUAUCAGUGUGUGUGUCCUAUUGCUCAUCAUUGGCUUCACCAUGGGAGUCAAACGCACAGAUCACCUGUUGGCCUGUCAGAUCGUCGGCAUCUCCCUGCAUUACCUUACUCUCUGUGCCAUUUUCUGGAUAACCAUCACCUCAUACAAUAUGCUGAAGAAAUUUUCCAAGGCAAACAAGCCCCCCGCCCCUCCCCCUGAUAUGCCAGGCAUGCCCCUUCCCCCCAAACCAAUGAUCCGUUUCUACCUGCUGGGCUGGGGGGUGCCCACUAUUAUCUGUGGCAUCACUGCCGCUGUCAGUCUGGAUCAUUACUCAGAACCUGACUAUUGCUUCCUGGCCUGGGAUCCGAGUCUUGGUGCAUUCUACGGUCCUGUUGGAUUACUGGUCAUCUUCAACCUAGUGUUCUUUCUGCGGAUAUCUUGUAUCAUCCAAGGGAGCACAAACAAUCUCAACGAAUCCAGCCACACGGAGGACAUAAACGAGCUCGAGUUAGCUCACAACGGGGAGGACAACAACACCGAGAUUCAGGCGCUCACUCAGACUAACAACCAGAGUAACAUCGAGCCGUCACUCGGUGAUGACUCGGAGACGAGAUCAUUAGUGUCGAGUGUGGCCGACCAGGAGAAGAGACCUCAGUCACAGCUAUACGCAGUGAUAUCCAUUCUGUUUUUAUUUAUUGUUUUCUGGGUCUGCGGUGCGGUGGCUGUCGCGGAACCUUUUAAAUCCAUUAUUCCUAUGCAGGAAUUAAUAUUCAGUUAUCUCUAUGGAGUUACCUGUGCCAUAUUUGGAAUAUUCAUGUUGUGUUAUUUCUGUUUGUCUAGAAAGGAUUCAUGUUCCAGUUGGAAACGCUUCUUUUUGUGUGAAAAACAUCCAUUGUAUGACAUGUCUUAUGAGGUAACCAAUCACAGUGCCCUGAGCAAUGGUCAUGUGAUCCAGGCAAACGGUAACUUAGAUCCAGCUGUGAAAUCGUACAAUAUUACGCAAGAGAUGCCGAACGAAAGCGCAAAGCAAUCCAAUAUCAAUCUAGUCCCUGCCAAUUCUAGUUCUUUAAUAGAAGAUUCAAUAAAUGAUGGUGCUCACGAUGGAAAUGUGAAAGUAUUCUACAACCCAAAGCAAAAUGGAGUGGCCAAAAAGUUUUGGGAAAAACAAAGACACAAUUCCCGAUACAUCAGCAGAGAUGCUACCAAAGAAUUCAAUGGAAGUAUCACAUCGUUUUCAGGAUCAGAGGCAAAUAAUCGGAUCCAGAAUACAGGGAACCACAGCGAUGGACGAUCCCAUCUCAGCAUAGAAAUUCAGAUCCAGCCCAAGGGGCUGCCGAACCACUCGCUAAACACCAGAUCACCACUCCCUCCCCAGUUUAACAGCCCUGUUGUGGUUCCCCACAAUGGAGUGCCUGGCCACCACACCCCUGUGUUUUCUAUGGUGCCACUUGACAGGAACCACAUCCCCCCAGUGGGUGGGUCAGGAUCCGUUCUGGCCACAAGUACCUACUGCAGUACUGUGUCCUGCUGUGACUCACAGGCCGUGUCGCAGCACACAAGGUCACCAAGCUCGUGUUCUCUCGGGUCAAGGUCACAUCCCAGUGCCUUCACUCCAGUGCCACAAAAAAAUAACACUCUACCCAAACCUCAUAAGACUUCUAAUGGGAACUGCUCCCAGUCAUCACCUCCAGCUUACGACUGUGUGAUAAUGAAUGGCUCCCUGACAAGAAUUCGGGACUUUGACGGCCAGAGUCAAAUGAGCGAUGCUCGUUGUCAAAGUCCAAGAGAGCACAGUUUACACAAUGAGCCUCAUUUAAUGUUUCCCCCUCCCGGGCCCCUCAGUGCCCAAGAGGGCUGUACAUAUAAACAAUAUGGGUCAGUGGAUGACCACAUAACUAGUGAGCCCCAGCGAGCACAGAGAGCCCGAUCGCAUUCAGGGGGAUACAGUUCGGACGCCAGUGCAAAAGGCCGAAGAAAAAGGGACAACAAUUUUAUUCAGGAGGUGCAACAGAGGAUUCCGAAUCCAGAAACUCAUAUGACCAACCAGUGUCGGUCUCCCAUCCGAUUUAUGAACCAGGCACAAAGCAGCAACUAUCUGAGCCCCAAUAUGGAUGUUGGGAAUCAGUCUGUAAAUAGUAAACUCUCUCCACCGGAUAGUGAUAGUGGGAUUAAUAACAAGAGAAAUCGUGCAAAUGACUCGGAUCACAAUUCAGAGCCAAGCACCUCACAUCAUCGACGAAGGCCAAAAGGGCACGACCACCAUCGCAACUCUCGUCACGCCCGGGGAAAUCCAAGAUCAAGGUUAGACUGGGAAAAAAAUAAUUCCAAAGCCAAGGCUAUUCCUUAUGCCUAUGUGAAUCAUAACUAUGCAGAAAGGGUGAGACAGAAGCUGAAUUCCCAGAGUUCAAUGGAGGCCAAAAAUUACUGGGGAUCCCCAAGCAUGGAGGAGGAUUCAACCUCAUCGUCAGGGGACGAAGCUUGCUUUGAUCACAAUGUGUGGGUGCUACAAAACCAGCGCAAGCUAAAACGCAAGAAAGAAACCAGUGUGUAGCUGUUUCUAUUUAUGGUUAAGUUAUUGUGAAAUUGUGUAUUUUUUAAAAUGCGUCUUGCUGUAUCAGUGCAAUUCCAGUAUUCUAAUUUUUUUUUACAUCAAUGAAGAUAAUUUUGAUAGCUUUAAUGAAUGUGGCAUAGAAAUCAAAUCAGUUGUCUAUGUUGUUUAACAUCACAGCCAGAAUUCAGUGCAUUUUCUUUUUAUACGAGGUUGUUUUAUAUUGCAUGUAAUGUUGUCAUUCAGAUUGUGAGAGGGUCAUUUUUCAUCAAAUAUUAUUUGUCCAACCUUCAUUUUUGAGGAAUGGAGGUGUUCACAUUUCGACUGCUGAAUCCUUAAGGCAACAUGUAACAUUAAGAUGUUGUGAACUGUAAAUUGACAAAAUCGGAUUCUAUAUGACUUGAUCCUUGGGUGGGAGGGGAGAAGAAAUGCAAGUAAUUUAAAAAGAUUAACAUUGAUCUGCUGUAAUACCCAAAUUGUUCAUAUGGUGACAACUUUUUAGAUUUUAGUAAAACAAAAUUAAAGACAUUGGUGGAAAGGCAUUUGGAAUAUCAAGUUAGAUAUAUUUUACUCAGGGAUUGAUUUAUCUGAUUGACUUGGAUUUGAAUGGACAAAAAGAAGUUUAUUACUCUUUAAUUUUUUUUUUUAGAUAAUUUUGUUUUUUUACAUUUUAUAAUUUUUUUUUAAUAAAGCCUCCAAGAGCAUUAAAUUUUUUUUAUUAGGAUUCAAGAAGUUGUGAUUGCAUUCUGAGUUCAGUUACCUGUUUAUUUAGGCAUUACUGUAUUUAUCUCUUGUCCGGGUGCUGAUAUUCACUGUGUAUUUUCAUUCAUAGAGUACACACACGAUUUUUUUUUUUUUUGGUUGUUAUUUAUUCGCCAUUUUUAUAUACAUCAAAUUUGUUAGUGUAUGAUCUUAGUAUUUUGUAUUUGUCCCCUUUUUUUGAAUGUGAUUUGUAAAUAUAUUUUAAAGAUAAUAAAAAUCUCCUUACCAUA